AUAAACAAUUCCAAAAUGCCCGGGCAGUAUCACGUACAAUAUGAUUGGACAAAUUGUCCGAUAAAAUGUCAUCCGUCAUUUGGAGUCAUCAAAAAUCGAAUUCAAAUCAAAUUGGAACUAAAACCCAUUCAAAUCGGAUAUUACUACAAACGGCUUUAUAUUCUAAUCGCGUACCAUCAUCCCGUUUACAUUGAUAUAUACGCAUUUUCUGGUACGAUGAAAAUGGAUCCAUUUUCGUACUUCAGGUCACCGUUCGGACCAUUGCCAAAAUCUGAAAACAAUUACACCGAAUUCUUUAAAGACGUCGCGCACCCAAGGAACGAUGUACAGCACCUAGUAACCGUAUUACCGAAAGAAUUGCGAUUCGGUUACGUAAAGAAUACGAAAACCUUGGCAUUUAAUGUACACAAUGAUUCAGACACGAUGCUAUGCAUAAACUGGAUACAUGAACCCUGUAGUGAUAAUCCGUUCACGAUAAGUCCAAAACAGUUUUAUAUCAAUAGCCACGAUACGAAAAGAUUGAAGUGCAAGUUUCGACCAAAAAUCGUUCCGAAUAUUUACUUUGUUGAAUUUGAAGCAAAUGUUUAUUUCGGAGUCACCGAUUCUUUACGACCAUUGGAUUGUUACACUACAUAUGAUGCAUUUCCGAAGCCCACGUACAUAGUUCCGAUGAACAUUUCAUUAACGGUCACCGGAUAUUCUUCCGAAAAGCCUUUUAACGGAUGGAAAUCAACAUGCAAACUCAACAACCGUGUGAUAGUAAUGCCACCAACCGUGCCAACUUCUACACCCGUGUUCGCCACACUGUUGAUUAAAAAAGUCGUCCGAGUGCCAACGACAUUCGAAUUACGACCGCCUAAUAAAUCAAUGUUUUUAGCGAAACCCAUGAUGGGGAUGAUAUAUAGCGAUUACCAAAUUGUAGUGUUUCAACUGAUGAAAACGAGCAAUAAAGAGUCGCUUUACGCCGAACGGUGGAGUGUAGUAUUCGACGGUUUCGAUAAUAAUUCGGUCAGCAUAGAUAUCUACGCGAGUGCAGAAUUCGGGUGCGUGAAGAUCGGCGAGCGGAAUCACGUGGUUGUGCCGUACGACGUACAAGUGGGUUGCGAAAUGUGGGACGAGCAUGUGCCGAUAGUCAACACGACCAGACAUAGGCUACGGUACUGCAUAGAAGUGAGUAGUCAGCAUCACUCGGUGAACAACGAGGUGAUAGAAUUUCUGCCCACUAAACGUCGUAAUUCGUGGGGUUCGGGGAUCAGAGAAGAAAUUUGUGGCGAAGAGAUCGAUAUUGAAUAUGAAAAUUAUUAUACCAAAUCGGAAAUGGACGAUGAAUCGGAAAUGUUGGAUGACGGAUCGGAAAAAAACGCCGAAUCAGAAAUAGACGGGGAAUUAAAUAAAUACGCAAAACCGAAAAAGAACAUCCUACCGGAGAAACACGACAGGUCGGAAAAAGACACCAGACCGGAGUACACUGAACCAGAGAGAGAAGCUGGACCUGAAGAGGACGACGAAAUUUCAACAAUGGCGAAUCAGAGCUAUGACGAGUAUUCAAUCAAUUCUGCAACGAUGUCUGUGAGGAAGCUCGAACGACUGUCAUCGAUGUUGCGAGGUGAUGUAGAUAGAUUCGAGAGGACAACAUCGUGGCCGUUUGUGUUUGCGUUCGAUGUGUUAACCGGUGAAUUGGGGCCUAACGAAAGGCGCAACUUGCGAUUAUCGUUUAGUCCGACAGAGUGCUUGACGUAUACGGCUGACGCGAUAUGCUAUUUGACGUGCGAUCGCAAUGCAUAUCCCGAAAUCUUUAACGUGUUACCCAUUACCAUCCAAGGCACCGGAUGCAAAACGCGAUUCCAAGUCACGCCAGAAAAUUGUAAUUUGAAUAAUGUAAUAAUAAACACAGAAACAAUACAAAGAUUUAUAAUCGAAAAUAAAAAUCGUUCUUACGCAAAAAUAAAAAUUGUUAUAACUCCAGAAAGUUCUAUGAUUUGGCCUAUUCCUACGUGUAAAAUGAAUCCGGAAACUUUUCGAUUCACACCUCAGCAGAAUCAGUGUAAAAUGGAUUUAUCCAUAUAUCCUACAGAGUUGGGAUUUCAAAAAUUUUUCGUCAACAUACAGUUUGAUCCUAAAGUGGAAUCUUAUCCGGAAAAUGAUAUUACAAUAACGGUCAGUAUGAACGUGAUAACGUGUACAUUGCAAAUAUUGAGAAUAUCUAACGAUGCUGUACCUUAUUUCGGAAGAUUGGCUUUGAACAAACUUUUCCAUUGCAUAAAGAUAAAUAACGAACUCGAUAAAAUCUAUACAAAAAAUACAUCACCAUUAAUAUGGACUAUACCUGCAAUUUCUGACUCGAGCACUUUUGACAUUCAGCUAUAUAAUUUUUCGAAAGUACCAAUAAGUUGGGGAAUAAAAUACAACGAAUGCAUAAAAUGCACAUCGAAAAACAAAAACAAUAAUAAUAAUAACCUCAAGAACUGCAGUGCUCUCUCUAAUAAAUGUGUGCACUAUAAGAGUAUAAGAAUGACUCCGAAUGUAAACUUGAAAAUGGAUAAUUUUUCAAAAAUAAAAAUUGAAUUAAAUACUAUAAGUAAAGAAGAAAUUAAUUUGAGUUAUAAAUGGUCAAUCGGAUUCUAUAAAUCGCUAUUAUAUAACACCGAGUUGUUAAUAGAACCUAAAACAUCCAAAGACGGUUUGAUUUCAUUUGAUCCAAAAUACGGAACAACCGAACAACUAGAAUUCAAAUUUUUACCAAUAUUCAUAGCUCAUCAUAAUCCACCAGCACAAGCUUUUUGGAUAUACAAUAGCAAUAAUUUCAAUGUAACAUAUUCUAUAAUUGAUGAUUCAUUAACACCCGCACAUCCAUAUUUUCGUUGUCUAAACCCAAGUGGAGUUUUCAACUCCAAAUCAGUACAUCCAAUACUAUUUGUGUUUUCCCCUGACAGACUAUGUGCGUUUGAGGCUACCAUCAUGUUAUUAACAAAUAAUUAUUACAGACGCAAAAUAACCCUUUUAGGACAAGGUGAAUCUUAUACUAGAACUACUAUUUCACCGGGACAUGGUUUAUCAUCGUUUUUACCAAUUCAGAAUGAUAGAAAAGUAUUUUUAUCAACGGAAAGUAUAAUACUUAAACCAAUGUUUACACAAUCAAAUAUUAAAUCCUUGUUUUGCCUGUAUAACAACAGUGAUGAAGAAAUUAUCUACGAAUGCAAAGAGUGUACAGUCGACAAAAUACUAAAAGCUAUUAUAUGUCCGAUUAAAGGAAAUUUAAAAAAAAAUAGAAGUCAAAUAUUUGAAAUAUCCAUUACUAGUUAUAAUGAACCAGCCAUCUUAACAAUAAUGUUAAAUAUUAGCUAUAUGUUAGUUUCUCAAAUUGAAAAUUAUGAACGAUCGUUAAGAAAUUAUAAGAAAAACAAGGACAGACUUGAAGGGUAUUUUAAAAUCGAUGAAUUUGGAAAUUAUAAAUCAAAAUUAAACAUGAAAAUAGAAAAACAACCCCAAGAAAAACAUUUAGUCCUGUAUGCUUAUGUUAGAAUAAUCGAUGAAUUUAGUAAAUGGAUAAAUGAAGCAAAACAUAAUAUAAAAAAGCAUAAUUUUCAACAAGAGAAAAGAAUUAUAAAACAAAAAUUAGUCUCUUCAGAUAACUUUCAAAACAUUUUAUGGGAUGUUGUAGAUAAAAUUUGCUCAAAAGAAAUUGAAAACAAGCCAUUAUAUUAUUAUCAACUAAAAAAUUCAAAACAAAACUAUCUAAAUGAUAUACCAAAAACAACGAGAAAUAAUUUAGAAAUAAUUUUAACAUCACUUAUUAAAGACAGUUUGAUUAACAUAUUCCCAUCAAAUACGUGGAAACACUAA